AUGCGACGCCAACGCCUGGUUGUCUCGUUAGCAACUGUUGUCUUUGUGUGCAUCUCCCUUAUUCUACUUAGAGACACAACGGUUCCUCGCUCGUCCAACAGCCUCAAUACGCCAUUCGAAUCGAACCCUUUGCCGUCCUCUCACCCGCCCUCUCCGGUUGCAGUGCCAAAUCCUAUCGAGCCCUCAAAAGGUCGCCAAGCACUUCAUCCAAACAACGCCCACCCGGUGGCCAGUCUCAUUCAAGAUGCUGAGCAGGAGUUUAACCACUUGCGGUCACGACAAUCGAAGACUUUGGCCGAUGCGGUGAACGAAUAUCGCCGUCGAUAUAACAUGCAUCCUCCUCCUCACUUCGACAAAUGGUUCCAGUUUGCUCAAGCAAAGGGAGUUCAGUUAACUGACGAAUACGAUACUAUCUAUCAUUCUCUCCUACCAUUUUGGUCUCUAGAACCGAAGACAAUACGAGAAAGAGCCCGUGAAGCCUUGGGAUAUGACAACGCUAUGAUUGGAGUUCUGAUCAGAGAUGGCCAGGUUACGCACACGGAAGGGGGCCGUGAAGGAUACGAAUGGCAGCAAGAUGCGACUGUUGAAAUGAUGAAAAGCUUUAUUCGGUACUUGCCGGAUAUGGAUCUAGUCUUCAACACCCACGAUGAGCCCCGAGUGAUUGUCCCCAGCGACGACCUCCAAAGGCUGGUUAACUUUGCCAAAGAUCACGCAAUCCCCAAGGCUUUCCACAGGCAACCACUGGUGAACGAAUGGUCCGAUAAGCCCGCCGACCUGAACAAGGGCGACCGGGUUGAUGAAGUGCGCACCACGCGCUUUAACCGAUUUGCACACCAACCUACCUGGACAAGCUCUCGGGCUUCCUGUCCGCCGGAUACCCCUGCGCGUUCUCUCAAUGAAAGCGAGCCAGAUAAUCUAGAGGCCUAUGCGCAUGGUGAAUUAGGGUUCAUCUACAACACGACUGCUUUCUCUGACAUAUGUAAUACACCUUCGCUUCGGUACAAAUAUGGCUUCUUCGACCGGGCCAACGCAUUUGACGUGGUCCGUGACCUGUUCCCAGUGUUCUCUCAGAGCAAGAUCUCAAGCUUUCAGGACAUACUCUACCCUAGCCCGUGGUAUUGGGUUGAUAAGGUACCGUAUGAAGAGGGAAAGGAUCAGAGUUGGGAUGCGAAGGCCGACAAACUGUACUGGAGAGGCUCCACAACCGGUGGGUUUGCGCGAGCAGGCGGAUGGCGACGUCAGCAUCGACAGAGAUUCGUCAGCAACAUCAAUACCCAGAGCACACCGAAAGUGUUGUCCAAAAAUGACAAUGACCAGUGGGAGUUAAACGAAGUCAGCAGUGACCCUUACCGAGACCAGUUCGAUGUCAAGUUUACAUACAUUGGCCAAUGCGACCCGAAUGACUGUGCUGCGCAGCAAGAAUAUUUUGUUGUCGGUGAGCCAGCCGGCCAGCAGGAUGCUUGGGCGUAUAAAUACCUGGUCGAUAUCGAUGGGAAUGCCUUCAGCGGCCGUUAUUAUGCCUUUCUACGCAGCCAUAGCUUGGUUUUCAAAAUCGCCAUCUUCCGCGAAUGGCAUGACGAAUGGCUCAAGCCAUGGGUCCAUUACGUUCCCUUGAGUUUGACGGGCGAUGAGUAUGUGGAAACUACGAGGUACUUCGUUUCAGAAGAAGAAGCUCGCGAUCGCUUCUGGAAUCUCUCGAAAACUUGGUCCGGCCUUUCCCACCAUUAUAUCACCCUGCGCAAUGGCUUCAAGUUCCAUUAUGUUUCUAACGACCUCCCCGGGGGCCCUGCAGCUGAUAAACCGCUAAUUAUCUUCAUUCAUGGUUUUCCUGAUAGCUGGGCUGUAUGGCGCUACCUUCUUAAAUCGAAGGCUCUGCAGGAGGCGGCCACUUUGGUCGCGGUUGACUUACCCGGGUACGGUGGUACCGAUAGCCUAGAGAAAUACUCGUCAACGAACGUGCUGGAGAGCCUGGCAGAAUUUAUCAUCGCUAUCAGGGCGAAGUACGGGAUUGAUGCUGAUGCCGGUACGCGUCAAAGAAGGACGGUGAUUGUGAGCCAUGAUUGGGGCUGCGUUCUUUCCAUGCGCCUUGCCGCCGAAGCUCCUCAAUUGGCAGAUCGAUUUAUCUUGAGUAAUGGGCCAUUGACUAGCAUGGUUGCCUCGAACAUUCGUCGAUCGCUUUCUUCGUCGCUGAAAAUGUUCAAAACGGCCCUGCGUUCUCCAGUUAAGUCUCGCUCGACGCUUUGUAAGGCAAUCAAGUCACUGAAGCCAGUUGCCCGCCAGCUACUUCUUUCAGGGUAUAUAUUUGUGAUGCAGCUUCCUAUGCCCUUCGUUGUGUACCUUGGUACAGGUGGCAACUAUUCUUUCUUGAAGUUAGCCCAUAAGGGAUCUUAUGGGAAUUCGCCAUUCAGUCCCGAAGAUGCUGCUGAGUGUAUGGCAAGCUCACUGGGCCCGUCCGUGGAGGAGUGCAGAACGCAAACGUCUGAUGGUGAGGGAUACCCUGCUUCGGUUGUAAAGGGGCGUGCCCUUGGCAAUUUCCAGCACAUGGCCCGCUAUUAUCGGGAAAAGGCGGCUACUUCGCGCUGGCAGAAAUCUAUCGAAACGAUUGCCGAUCUGCACAGCAUCUCGGGAGGAAAUGAGCUCCAUCGAGCUAGUAGCGGGGCCGGACUGUUUGACGAUGGGCCGACCGGUGUACUGAAAGCUCAUUCGACCAUUAUCUGGGGCAAAGCUGAUAUCGCCUUGGAUCCACAAAUGUGUGUGAAUGGGCUUUCGGAUUAUCUGGUCCGUAACAGUCAGGUGGUUGAGCUGCCCCGGUCUGGGCACUUCACUCCACUGGAACGUGAGAGCUGCGCUGCAUUGACCAGAGCUGUCGCAUGGGCCGCUGGAGGUGAACAGGAGGAUAUCGGCGUUGCGAUUCAGAGAGUUUAUCCGGAUGCGGUCGUAACGUCCGUAUACGACGAGCUCAUACCAGUCCACUUGACCUCAAACCACACUCCAGCGAAUCUCUGGCUUAUGGAGCGACCGGACCUCAUCUCCACAUUUACUAAGAUUGAGCUUUGGAAGCAAACACAAUUCAAGCGUAUAGUGUACAUCGAUUGUGAUGUUGUGGCCGUCAGGGCUCCUGAUGAGCUCUUGACCCUAGAGGUAGACUUCGCGGCAGCUCCCGAUGUGGGUUGGCCAGAUAUCUUCAACAGUGGUGUAAUGGUUCUUCGACCCAAUCUGCAGGAUUACUUUGCACUGAAAGCACUUGCUGAGAGGGGCAUUAGCUUUGACGGCGCAGACCAAGGGUUGCUAAACAUGCACUUUCGAAAUUGGCAUAGGCUAAGUUUCACGUAUAAUUGCACGCCCAGCGCAAACUACCAGUACAUCCCCGCCUACAAACAUUUCCAGAGUACAAUCAAUCUAGUCCAUUUCAUCGGAUCUCAGAAGCCGUGGAAUAUGUCAAGGCAGGUGUCCCCAGCUGAAUCACCAUACAACCAGCUGCUGGGACGAUGGUGGGCUAUUUACGACCGACAUUACCGCCCUGUCACGCCUUGUGAUUUUCAAAGCCAUAGGGAAGAUUUCGAAACAGUGCCGCUACCUGUGCAAUCCGUCUACUCUACUCCACAAAAUCUGAUAUCAGAAAUUACCUAUGAGCGCCCGUUGGAAACGCACACAGAGGUAUCCUUCGAGCAUCCUCCUGUCACACAGACACUGCCCAGGAGUGACGAGAUGAAUGCAUAUGCCCCCCCUCAGGUGCAGGCUUUCCAGGAGGUGGAAAAUGCACCUGGUCCUGCAGUGAUGCCUGCUGAGGCAGCGCAGCCUAUCCAGAAGGAACACUACGACGACAAGAUUGUGCAAGUACCGGUUCUAAGUGCAGUUCCACAAUAUGUCCGUGGAGAAGAGCAUGUCUCAGCGUACAUACAACCACAUUUUGACGGAGCACCAAUUAGCUCCCAUGUCGAGCAACCCCCAACGACGCAGGUCAAUAUACCAAUCGCUUCUUCAGCGCCUCCAGACAUCGCACACUUUGAAGUCUACCAGCAACCAGAGGGACCCCUGCCUGAAGUGGGUGAACACCCGCAACACUCGCAUAAACGUCCCCCAAGCCCUGAGCCCCAGGCAUUUGAACCCCCCAGGAUGCAGUGGGACCCAGCUCGGGAACCGCCACCUCUCAAUACAAAGCCUGAAGGAAUUGCUCUGGAAUCAAAGACAUAUAAUAUGUCAGAGGACAAAGAGCUUUUCAAGCCCCCUCCCUUUUACCCCGAAGCUCCGAAGAAUAUGUACUAUGAAGUACCUAGCACCAAACCGGAGCCAGAGAAACUUAGCCAGAUUUUCCCUUGGGAGAACCAGGCCCCCAAGCCGACCCGAGUUUUCCUAGAUGAUGAUCAGGGAUCGGUUUCUUUGCCUAGCUCCAUACUCCCCCCAGUCUCUCCAGAAGAAACUCCCACAUCAUCCAUGGGAUACACGGCAUCUUGGACCACCGAAAAACCAUCCGAGUCUUGGGACAGGUACUCCAGGUCAAACGCAUGGGAUGAUGUUCCAGAAAUACGGAGAUACAUUCAAUCCAUCGCACCACCCAGGAGGGCCAAAGUCCAAGUUAUCGGUGGUUGGGGCGGCCCUGCAAACCAGCAAACCGCUGGUGCAGAGUCCAGUAUGCGUUUAACGGACUUCCCUAGCGAGCAAGAGCGGCCCAGUCUUCCCGUUACCCCAGCCCCUAUUAGGAGACCACCGCCUUCUUCCAAUGUCCUAGGCGAGGGGUCCACCUCGGGGCAGUUACCCAUUGCCGAAGGCGUGCCAAAUCAGGAAGAAUGGGUGGGUGUCACGGUUGAUAACCCGUCAAUACGCCUCGAGGAACUUCAGCGGCAUCAUUCUGAAGUUUUAGAAAACCCAGAUCUACUUCUGGAGCGGAUCCAGAGAGCAGCAAGGGAACGCAGGCUAUGUUACGCAUAUGCAUUGUCCUCUUGUGCAGCAUGCAUGAAGAUUAACUUGUUCACUUCAUGCCAUUUUUGGGUAAGCAAGAAUAUGUUGGCUGGUAGCAGUCGACUAUGCAGCCGGCCAUGA